AUGACCACAAUGAAGAAGAUAUUAGUGAAUCCCGAGGAAGAGGCAUACAAUGGUCAGAUCAAAGCCGAGGCCGUCAAAGUCAUUGUCCAGCAAUUUCCGAAAAAGAUUGUCGAAUUGAAUACACUUAUCGACAAACAACUUACCAUCGAUGGCAACAACAACAACAACAACAACGGUCUCAACAUUCCGAUGAUUACCAUUAGCAGUGAUAUCAGUAAAUCAUCUGAAACUGCAGCGACAAUGACAGAUAAAUCCGAUGUAAAAGUAUCGGACAAAUCACUGACUGACGGCUCAAAUUCAGAAGCAAUUGCUGUCAAUGAGAACCAACACUUGAGUCAAUUAGUCGACAUAUUGAUGCCACAGAUAUGGGAACUAUCGGUAUACUGUUUGUCAUUAGUUGUGGGCAUGAAUCUGAUGGUCCCUGAGAUGGAAGAUGGAAACAAUUUCGGUGUCGAAGUACAACACGAAUGCAUUGAAGCCAUGACUGUCGUCGAAAAUGAUAUCCAACGGCGUGUCCGCGAAAUUCACGCCUAUUGUCCGGCCAGAGCUGAACUGUUCGUCAAAGCCGUCAAAUAUCCUGACUGUCAGGACUACAGUCGGGCCAUCCAAGAGCGCGAUCUAUCGUUUCAAAGUUACUGUCUGUUAUCGUUGGUAACGGUGCGCAACCAUUACAUGAAUCUUCACGAUAUGAUGAUGAAGAAUAUGCAGAAAAUACGAAAACCCAGAUCUGGUUCAACCACUCAUAUGAUGUACUAA